UCUCCUCCUCCUCAGCAUCUUCCUCCAGCUCGGAGCGCUUCCUGACCCCCCGCUGACGGAGCAGCAUCCCGGGACAAUGGACGACGUCCCCUCCAUCAUCAACAUCUCCAUCGCGCUGUUCAUCCAGCCGAACGACGGACCCGUUUUCUUCAAGGUGGACGGGACCCGGUUCGGCCAGAGCCGGACCAUCAAGCUGCUCACGGGCUCCAAGUACAAGAUCGAGGUGGGGGUGAAGCCCGGAACCGUCGAGGCCACCAACAUGAACAUCGGCGGCGUCGUCUUCCCUCUGGAGCAGCAGUCCCGGGACGAGGAGUCGGUGGUUUAUCACGGCCGCUACGACACCGAGGGCGUCCCGCACACCAAGAGUGGAGACCGACAACCUGUGCAAGUCAGCAUAGAGUUCAACAAGGCGGGAACGUUUGAGACGGUCUGGCAGGCCAAGUACUACAACUACUACAAGAGGGAGCACUGCCAGUUCGGCAACAAGUUCAGCAACAUCGAGUACGAAUGCAAACCCAACGAGACCCGAACCCUGAUGUGGAUCAACAAGGAGGCGUUCAACUGAGCGCUCACGGCGAGGGAGGAGCGUUCACGGGGAGGGAGGAGCGUUCACGGUGAGGGAGGAGAACUCACGGCGAGGGAGGAGCGUUCACGGGGAGGGAGGAGCGUUCACGGGGAGGGAGGAGCGUUCACGGGGAGGGAGG